AUGAGAACUAAUAAAGAGCGUAUCGAGCAGUUGGAGGCCGAGCUAGGUGGAGUGCAAGAUGGGUUACACAGGAUGGAACUCGACAUGGCCGAUAGGCUUCGUCAGGUGGAAGAAACUCUCAAUCGCCUUUCUGAUGUCUUACUUGCCAACCAGGAAAUUCCCAACCACCAUCGAGAAGGCAACGACAGGGGACAGAUGGUGGUAUCUUCCAAAACAGCAAAACUUGAAUUUCCUCGAUUUUCAGGAGAUGAUCCGAAGGAGUGGUUCAAUCAUGUGAACCAAUUUUUUGAGUUCCAGAACACUCUCGAAGCCCAAAGAGUUUCUUUGGCUUCGUACCACUUGGAAGGAGAGGCCAACCAGUGGUGGCAAUGGAUCCGCAGGACAUUGCGAGAGGAAGGACGUGCUCUCUCAUGGGCAAAUUUUGAAGACGAACUCUGGGCUCGCUUUGGGCCAUCGAAGUGUGAAGAUUUUGAUGAAGCCCUUUCGAGGAUAAGACAAGUUGGUUCUUUGCGUAAUUACCAGCGGGAAUUCGAGCGCUUGGGCAAUCGAGUUCACGGAUGGACGCAAAGAGCUCUUGUAGGAACUUUUAUGGGUGGCUUAAAGAUGGACAUCUCGGAUGGACACAAAUGUCAGGGCCCAAGGAUACUCAUGUUGGAGAGUUAUGAGGAUAACGGCAACCUGUUAUGCGAUGAUGUCAUCGAAGAACAACCAGUUGAAGAGAAUCAUGAAAGGCCUCCUGAACCAGAAAUUACGCUGCAUGCACUAACGGGAUGGACAUAUCCCAAAACCAUGCGAAUUGCUGCCAAGAUUUGUGCCCACGACGUCAUUGUAUUAAUCGAUAGCGGAUCGACUCACAAUUUUAUUAGUGAGCGUAUGGCCAAUUUGUUGCUUCUACCGGUAGUGCCUAUGGAAACCUUCAUGGCCCGAGUUGCUAAUGGAGAAAAUCUCAGAUGCCAAGGGAGGUUUGAGGAGAUACAGAUCAAUUUACAGGGCACCAUUUUUUCAUUAACCCUUUAUUCCUUACCUCUCACAGGGUUAGACGUGGUUUUGGGAAUUCAAUGGCUUGAAAUUCUCGGUUCCGUGGUAUGUGAUUAG